ACUAAUGAGGUCGACUGGAUAUUUUAUGCACGAUUAAGUUUAGGGAAACGCGGUUAGCAAACGGUGAUGAUUCUUGAUAUUUAGGUGUUAUCUCAGCAGAAACUAACAACUCUGUCUUCCUCCAAAGGAACCAUUUUCAGCCCCACAACAGUUACAAACCGAUCUUCCAAGCUCCUUCCUCAUUUGGUCUCUCUCUCUUAAAUUCACAAAAACCCCAUCUUUUUUUUCAUCUCUCUCUAUCUCUAUCUAUAUCUCUUAUCUCGUAUGUAUGACGAAUUCUUAAACCAAGACAACGACGACUAAGUCAGAAAAAAAAAAAAAAAAAAAAAAAAAAAACUAAAGAGAUAAGAUAUGGGAUUGCUAAUUAGGUCCAUUGAUUUCCCUUCUUCUUCUCUUUUCCUCCACCUUGUUGUUGCUGCUGCUUUAAGGUAUUCUUCCAAAAUUACUUCAGAUUUAGUCCUUUUCUUGGGCUUUGGUUUCAUUGAUUGGUAAUAUUACCUCAUCCCCAUCCACUAUUACAUAAAGUUUUAUUAUUAAAGAAAAGGGAAAAAAAAAAAAAGAAACUUGUACUAGUAUAUAAUUUCCAUAGUUAGUGAUCAAGAUUCAAUUUUUAUAUUGUGGGGGAAAGCUUAUGCACGUUACAGGGUUGAUUUCUUGGAUUUGGGUUGACUAUAAAUAGGGAUAAUUUCAUUUCUACAUCUUUUUUUUAAUUUUCUAUUGCAGUUGUUAGCAUCUCAUUCUUUUGUAGCAUAAUAAUUAGGGGUUUUUGUGAAUCUUGUUGGUUUCCUUUGCUCCACAAAAUUCCAUAUUCAUUUUCUCUUGAAUUUGCUGAUAUUUGGUUUUUCCAAUCAGGGUUUUGUCAGGUAAUAAUUCUCUGUUGAAUAAGUUUAGGGUUUGUUUGUAAAGAUUAAGUCUUUUUUGUCAAAUUGUUGUUUGGUUUGUAAUCUUGAAGUUGUCAUUAGCAAUUGUGUCAAUUCCUAGUUCAGAAUUUGUGAGUUAGUAAAACUUGUGCACCCCAAGAAAAGAGAAGAUUAUAUUUUGGUACUGUACUGUCGAUGGAGAAUCAUCACCCUUCGACCCGUUUGUCCAUGGAUUCGAGUGCCUCUUCUUCACAUGAUGAAUUAGACCUCGAGAUGAAUCGACAAGUAGUCAUAACUUGUCCCCCUGACAUUAAUUUGCCUUUGUCAGCUGAGCGUAGCCCUCCUCCGCAGCCAUGGAUUAACUCGGAACACUGUGAUAUUCUUGAUGUUGGGCUUGGAACCCAAGUAUACGAGACUGAAACUGCUCUUGCCGCACCUAAAGUUGGAAGGAAAUGUGCGAAACGCUUGGAUAGCAUUUGGGGAGCUUGGGUUUUCUUUAGCUUUUAUUUUAAGCCCGUGCUAAAAGAGAACUCCAAGGCAAAGAUGGUACGGGAUAGUAAUGGAUAUUCCGGGUUUGAUAAGUCGGAUCUCAAUCUUGAUGUAUUCAUGGUUCAGCAUGACAUGGAGAAUCUAUAUAUGUGGGUUUUCAAGGAAAGGCCCGAGAGUGCACUGGGUAAGAUGCAGCUCCGGAGUUACAUGAAUGGGCAUUCUCGUCAAGGGGAGCGUCCGUUUCCGUUCAGUGCCGACAAGGGUUUCGUUCGAUCUCAUAGAAUGCAGAGGAAGCACUACAGGGGCCUAUCAAAUCCUCAGUGUAUACAUGGGAUUGAGGUCGUUCCGUCUCCCAGUCUCAUGGUUCUUGAUGAGGAAGAGCGCAAAAGAUGGAUGGAACUCACAGGUAAGGAACUCAACUUCAGUAUUCCACACGAAGCGAGCGAUUACAGUUCAUGGAGAAACCUCCCCAACACGGAAUUUGAGCUUGACCGACCACUCCCGUCGAUUAAGAGUAAUUCGCAUUCCAAUCCGAAGAAACUGGCAAAUGGAUCAGGGCUUAAUUUGUUAACUCAGCCAUCCAAUCACAGCAACGGGGACGCAAUGGAUCUACUACCUGCCAAUGGCAGCAAAAGGAAAAAGGAUUUCUUCCCUCACGGAAAUAAUGAAGACGAGUGUUAUCUGCAAGUAAAUCCUCCUUCCUAUCAAACUCCUGAUCUUGAAGUUCACCCAACUGAACCGCAGUGGUUACAUGACUUCAAUGGGGUGAUGAGGGAUGUGUACGGGCCUGUCACAGCUGCAAAAAGCAUAUAUGAAGAUGAACAAGGUUUCUUAAUCGUACUCAGCUUGCCAUUUGUAGAUCUUCAAAGGGUGAAAGUUUCCUGGCGAAACACGCUCACACACGGGAUAAUAAAGGUGUCUUGUUUAAGCACAUCUCGGAUGCCAUUCAUCAACAGACAGAACAGAACUUUCAAGCUUGACGAUUCAUCCUCAGAACACUGCCCUCCAGGGGAGUUUGUCAGGGAAAUUCCUCUCUCAACCAGAAUUCCGGAAGAUGCUAAAAUUGAAGCGUAUUAUGAUGAAUCGGGAACUGUGCUCGAGAUGUUGGUGCCAAAACUUUGUGAAGGGCCUGAAGAACAUGAAGUUCGUGUUUGCCUCCGUCCUCACCUUGGGGGAAACGACCUCAUGUUGACCUAAAGAAGUGGAGAUGGAACGUAAUGUUGGCUGUUAGGGAGGGUGCUUCAUUAUGCACCAACUUAGUUUUCAUAUAAUGUGGUCUUAUGCAACUGUAUGAUGUUAUAUUCGAUUUGCAUGCACUAGGUGUUGUUGGUAGGUUUUCCAGACUAGCUUUAGCUUCUGUUGCAACACUAUUUGCUUUGAAAGUUGAUGCCUGUUUUUUAAGUAGAUAGUAGGAGUAAUUGAUAUUUUGGUAGGUUCUAGAGUUGCUUGAAACUCGAUGCCAGUUUACCACUCUUAUGAAAGGUUGAAAGAGGAACAGGACAUUAUGUUGUGUUA